AUGCGUGACGCUAUUCCAGUUGAAAAGCGAGUGGCUGUGAGCUUGUGGCGUUUGGCAACUGGCGAGUGCUACCGCUCAUGUGGACUGAUGAUCGGACUGGCAAAACCUACAGUGGUUUAGUGCUGUCAUGAGUUUGUAGAAGCAAUUUGCCGUCUGCAGGAUGACUUCAUAAAGUUUCCUUCUACAAGGGCGGAAAUAAGCAGGAAAAUUAAAGUUAUCUCUGAGAAGAGCAAGGUUCCGAAUGUUGUUGCAGCGAUUGACGGUAGUCACAUUCCUAUAAAAGCACCAAAAGAGAAUCACGAGGACUACUUUAACUGGAAACAUUUUUACAGUUAUUUAGUACAAGGGUUGUUGACUCGUCGGGACUCUUUUUAUCAGUUGCCACUGGGUUUCCUGGGAGUCUGCAUGAUUCUCGAAUGCUGCGACUAA